AUGACUCGUCUAACUAUUGCUGUGACCCUCCUGGCUUUAGCAGCAACCUGCUCGGCACGAACACACUCGGCCGGAAACCUCUUCCUCCAUGCCCGCGAUGUGGACGAGCAGUAUGAUUACAUCGUCGUCGGAGGUGGCACAGCCGGCCUCACUGUUGCUGACCGGCUGACCGAAGACGGCGAGACCACUGUUCUUGUGGUCGAGUAUGGGGAGCUUAGUGCACUUACCACACGACUAGGCUCCGACGACUCCAUCAAAACCGUCACGGGCGGUUUCGCCGGCAUAUCCGACCCUUCCCACCUCUUCACCAUCCAAUCGCUCCCGCAAACCAACCUGGCCAACCGCACGAUCGCCGUGGUCGCAGGGAAAGUUGUCGGCGGUUCCAGCGCCGUUAACGCCAUGAUGACUAUCCGGGGGACCGUUGACGAUUAUACCCGCUGGGGUCAAUUCUUUCACGAUGAUGACGACGAUGAAUCCUCGCACUGGAGCUGGGAUGGGCUGCUGCCGUAUUUCAAACGGGCUCUGACAUUUGCGCCGCCUGGGGAGGCGGUUACGAAGGAAGCCGGAAUUACGUUUGAUACGGCGUUUUGGGGGACUGCUGGUAAUGAUACCGAUGGUACGACCCCUGUGUAUGCCGGGUGGCCAUCAUUCCAAUACCCCGGCACGACAGCGCAGAUAGAAGCGUUCCGCGGGAUUGACGGCGUACCGUUUGUCAAUGACAGCGGCGCCGGCGAGGCAGGCGUGUACUGGUACCCGACAUUUAUGGAUCCUACCUUGGUUGAACGGUCGUAUGCCCGGACGGGACACCACGAUCGGGCGGCGAACAGGGAGAACUACCAUCUGGUGACAGGGUCGAGGGUGCUGCGGGUUGUAUUUGAUGGGACGACGGCUACCGGGGUCGCGGUUGUCCCUGUUUCUCCCGAGGACGGGGAUGAAGCGACGGAAACGAUCGUGGGAGUGAGAAAGGAGGUGAUUAUUGCCGCUGGCGGGAUUCACAGUCCGCAAGUGCUGCAGCUGAGCGGGAUUGGGCCGCGGGAGUUGCUCGAGUCGGCGGGUAUCACGACGCUUGUGGAUUUGCCGGGGGUUGGACAGAACUUCCAAGACCAUCCCAUUCUCCGGCCUGCUUUUACAUACAACAACUUCCCCAUCCACCCCAACCCCCAAGACCUCAUCCUCGACGCCAACUUCUCCGCCUGGACCGACACCCUCUGGAACACCAACCGCACCGGCCCCAAAUCCCUCGCAACUGGCAACGCCGCAGCCUGGCUGCCCUUCCCCAUCAUCUCCCCGCGCGCGCUCAACCUCUCCGACGCCCUCACCACCCAAAACCACUCCCUAUCCCUCCCCCCUAACACCCACCCCACCGUCCUGGCCGGCUACCGCGCCCAAAUGCUCUCCCUCGCCUCCGCCCUCGCCAGCAACGGCACCGCCUUCUACAACCUCAUCCUCACAGGCGGCGCAACCAACGGCAUCGUCGUCGACCUCCACCCGCUCAGCCGCGGCACAGUCAACAUCAACACCACCGACCCGUUCCAUACUUCCCCCGUAGUCGACUACCGCGCGCUUUCCAACCCCCUCGACGUCGCCAUCAUGGCCGAUCUCAUCCGUUUCACCCGGCGCUACCACCUGUCCAACCCGCUCACGGCCGACUGGAACGCCACCGAGGUCUCCCCGGGGGAAGCAACGCAGACAGACGAGGAGUUUGAGACCUAUUUCGCGGAGUCGAUCAGUCCGAGCGAGUAUCACCCGUCGGGGACGUGUGCUAUGCUGCCGAGGGAACUGGGUGGCGUGGUGGAUGAGGAGUUGAAGGUGUAUGGGUUGGAAGGGGUGCGAGUGGUGGAUGCGAGUGUGUUUCCAACGUUGGUGGGGGGGAAUACGUGUCAGCCUGUGUACGCUGUUGCGGAGAAGGCGGCGGAUUUGAUUCGGUUUGGGCCACCUGAGGGGUAUGAGAGGGCUUGA